CUUCCCACGGGGAGUUCUCCGUCACGCUGUCUCAUCUCAUCUCCUUCCUACUGCAGGUGGCCGAUGGUGGCUCUCUCACGGUGGGAGCGGCGGCGGCCGGCUCGGCGUGAGAGCAACAGCUGUGCACGGCAGCGCGCACGGUAGGGUGGGACCACGCGGCCGGCGGCACGAGGCCGCAGAGUAACGGCCGCGCGGGAACAGGGUUUGAUAGUGGCGCGGAAGCGGCCCGUGGCCGCGGGGCUUGAUGGCGGCGCACGGAGCGGCGGUGCCCGCAGCGGCGGCGCGCGCUGCAUUGACCUGUGGCCCGGGGCUCGACGGUGGCGCGAGCCCGCAGCGGCGGCGCGCGGAGCAGCGGCCCAUCGCCUCUAAGCCUGAUCGAGUUCUUGCAGACUUUCAACAAGAAUAGUAAACCGAGUGCACUGCAGAGGAUGGCGUCCAGGAUGACGAAUUUGGUCUUAUCCAUAUUGCAGGACAUCCUCGCAUAGCAUCCUGGCCUGCUUGAAGAUCUUAUCAGUGGUGUCAUCUGUCGCGGAGCUUGAGAUCGGUGCCAUCUGUCGCGGAGCUAGCGUACACCAGCGUCAGGUUCUGCUCGAUGGUCGGCGACCUCUCCAUGAUGGACUUCUGCUCGGCAACGGCGAAACUGCACCUGCUGGUGAUCGGCACCGAAGAGGAUGUCCGGGUGCUGAGGGAGUGCGGCGUCAUCCUGUGAUCCUGAACCACCUCAUAAGCGAUCAGGAGGUGUCCGAGCUGUGAACGGCAUCACGAGGUCGGUGAGGCUGACGAGGGUGCGUGCCGACGCUGGACCUCGCCGUGGUUCUGCUGGUCCUCUUCAUCGGCCUCCGUCGUUCAUGGUCUUCUGUUUCCUAAACAAACGGAUCUCUUCAUAAUACUGUACUAUCGUUACUUUUGUUUUUUAAUUAUAAUAAAUGAGAUCAAAUAUGUUUCUCAAAAAUUGAUGGGCAUUAUGUUUUUCUUUCUCAAUAAAUGAAGCAUGAGUUUUUUUGCAUUUAUAAAUGGAGCAUGAGUUUUUUUUGACAUUUAUGUUUCAACCCGUUUCCGUUCACCUUCUUAAUAUGUGUGACUGUCUCCCUCUUUGAGCUAUGACGACAUGUUCAACACUCCCAUUUGAUGAAACACGGUGGAUUAUCCGAAUUCGCCGAAUAUUCAAUGAGGAGAUUGAGCUCGGUGAGGACCAGCCAAUCUGUGUAUUUGAUGUCCCCAAGCCUCUGCUGUGUACUAGACCUGAAGCUUACAUCCCUCAAUUGGUGGCCCUUGGCCCUUACCACCAUUGCCGCGAAGAACUGGCUGACAUGGAGAGGUACAAGCUCUCGGCGGCGAAGAGAGCCCAAACCCACCUCCCAGGCACGGACUUCCAACAGCUUGUCGACGUCUUCACGAAACUAGAGCACCUGAUUCGUGCUCACUAUCACAGGCAUCUCAAUCCGAGCAACGAGACACUAGGGUGGAUGAUGGCGAUCGACGUGUCCUUCCUUCUCGAGUUCCUGCAGACCUUCGGCAAGAACAGUAACCAGAGGGCACUGCAGAGGAUCCCAUCUAGGAUGUCCCAUCUGGUCGAUCCCUCUCGCCGGACAUCCUCGCACAGCAUGCUGCUACGGGACAUAGUGAUGCUAGAGAACCAGGUCCCUCUCUUUCUGCUCCUGAAGGCGCUCGAGACCCGGGGCUCGCCGGCGCAGCCCGUGCUGAGCUCCAUGCUGACCGGGUUCUUCCAGGAGGUUUCCACGUUCAGAGGAAUUGGCUGCCCGUGCACCGACGUCAAUCGGCACGCCCACCUGCUGGAUUUCCUCUACUCUAACAUGGUGCCUCGAUGUACUGAAGAAUCUCAUGGCGCUACCGGGGAAGACAGAGACGAGUCACACCACAGACAUGAUCACAGGAAGAGGACACUGAACUCAGCCAUGGAGUUGCUUGUCAGCCGUGGCUCAAAGAUCGUGUCCGUGGUAAUUGAGUUCAUGCUGAGGUUCCUGCUAAAGUUUAUAGCCAGCCUUCCUUGCCUCUCAAUACUCGGAGAGCCCAUCGAGCAGCUGACGCAGCAAGCGUCCGAACCAAGAGGCGCAUCAGGUGUUCAGAGCAAGGACACAUCGCCCCUGCUUGAAGAGAUCGCGGUGCCAUCCGUCGCGGAGCUUGCGUACACCGGCGUCAGGUUCUGCCCGACGGUCGGCGACCUCUCCAUGAUCGGCUUCUGCCCGGCGACGGCGACGCUGCACCUGCCGGUGAUCGGCGUCGACAUCAACAGCGAGGUCGUCCUGCGGAACCUGGUGGCGUACGAGGCGUCGGUGGCCGCCGGGCCGCUGGUCCUGGCGCGCUACGUGGAGCUGAUGAACGGGAUCAUCGACACCGAGGAGGACGCCCGGGUGCUGAGGGAGUGCGGCGUCAUCCUGAACCACCUCAAGAGCGACCAGGAGGUGGCCGAGCUGUGGAACGGCAUGACGAGGUCGGUGAGGCUGACGAGGGUGCCGGCGCUGGACAAGGUGAUCGACGACCUGAACAGGCACCACGGCGGAUGCUGGAAGGUGAGGGUGAGGACGUUCGUGAGGGCGCACGUCCUCGGAUCGAGGGAGCUGCUCGCCUGCGUCGCCGUGCUUCUGCUGGUCCUCUUCAUCGGCCUCCAGGCGUUCUGCGUCGUUCGUGGUUGCGUCCCUGUUUCGUACGGGAUGGCCAGCAGAAAAAUUGGUCCCCGAUGAACAAGAAUAACGCCUAAGUAUCUGCAAAUUUCACCGUGCAACUGCAAACAGAAAGCGACCCUGCCAGACCAUACCAUUCGCAAUGAGACAAUGAUCAAUUGCUCUGUACCAUCUACCAGCUGUGGAUCCACGGUUCCCAUUCAACUAUUCAAGCGCUCACCAUGGUUCCAAAGUUUUUCUUUUUCCAUUUUUGCCAGUUUGCCACCUACAUGUAUGUAAAUGCAAAUAUUUGGUGAAUGCUAUA